AUGGCGACCAAUGGUCAUUUCGCCUCGAUUGGCGUCGACAAUGACAAGACAGCGUACGAACAUGGUGUGCAAGUAAUAGACGAGAAUAAGGAGUUCAACCCCAAUAUUUCAAAAUAUCUGAGCCUCGAAAAUGUCACUCCUGCUGGUUUCAACUAUCAUCUCAUUUCCGUCUUUGGUUCGCAGUCGACUGGCAAGUCCACGCUGCUGAACCAUCUCUUCGGCACGCACUUCUCCGUCAUGUCCGAUUCGGAGCGACGCCAGACAACCAAGGGUAUCUGGAUGUCGAAGAACAAGAAUGAAGGGGAGGCCGCCCCGAACCAAACUCUGCGCAUGGCGGAUAACAUUCUCGUCAUGGAUGUUGAAGGAACGGAUGGUCGUGAGAGAGGAGAAGACCAGGACUUUGAGCGCAAAAGUGCUCUGUUCGCCCUUGCUACGAGUGAGGUGCUUAUUGUGAAUAUAUGGGAACAUCAAGUUGGCCUGUACCAGGGCGCGAAUAUGGGUCUGUUGAAGACAGUCUUCGAGGUCAAUCUGCAGCUCUUCCUGAAGGACAAGAACACCACUCACCGAUCACUUCUCUUCUUUGUGAUCCGUGAUUUUGUUGGCACAACGCCUCUUAAAAAUCUACAGAAGACAUUGAUGGAAGACAUGUCUCGCCUCUGGGAGUCUAUUUCGAAGCCUCCUGGCCUUGAAAACUCCAGUGUUCAUGAUUAUUUCGAUUUUCAAUUCUAUGGACUCCCUCACAAAAGCUACCAACCCGAGCAAUUUGUUACCGAGACUAAGAAGCUUAGCUUGCGAUUCCGCGAAGGCCAAAGAGACCCCAGUAUGGAUGCGCGGAGAGGCGAGUUCUCCGAGGGAGGAGUCUUCCUUCCGGAAUAUCAUCGGCGGAUCCCCGCGGACGGAUUUUCACGAUACGCAGAGGGCAUUUGGGACCAGAUCGUGAAUAACAAGGAUCUCGACCUGCCUACGCAACAGGAGCUACUUGCACAAUUCCGCUGCGACGAGAUCUUGAGAGAAGUGAUGAUAGCUUUUGAUGAAGCUAUUCUCCCAUUUGAGGAGAAGCAGUCACAAGCCACUCGUCUUGGUGAGCCGGAGGUGCUUGGCGGUUUGGGUGCUGCGAUGCGAUCAUCACGGGCCAAAGCUGUCAAGAACUUCGAGACAGAAGCCAGCAGGUAUCACAAAGGUGUCUACCAGCGCAAACGGGCGGAGCUUGAAAACAAAGUCGAUACCCGUCUGAAAGCUCUUCUACAAGGUCAACUUAACGCCGCACACAAGUCGGGUAUCAACGAAUUCAGUGAGGCAGUCUCCUCCGCUGUGAAGUCAGGCCAAAAGCAGGGUACUGGUUACGACUUUGCUGAAAUUGUCAAUGAAGAGGCGAAGAAAGCCAUGGCCAAGUUUGAAGAUGUGGCGCGCUCAACUGUGGUGGAAGGCACCACUUGGAGUGACUAUAAGCAAGAAAUGGCCUUGUAUGAAAAGGAACUAGCGGAAGUUAGCGGAAGAUUACGCAGAGAGGAGAUGCGUCGCUUGGCCAAUCGCGUUGAAAGAUGGGUUCAGUCACGUCUGGGAGAGUCGAUCGGGCUUGAGUUCAACGCUUUGGGAUCUGGACGCGCAGGAGGAGGUGCUCCGGAAACAGGCGAGAGGCCUCUUGAGAAGGCUUUCUGGGAUCGUGUGUGGAACGUUUUCGUGGAGACGGUGCUUGAUGCCGAGCGUAGGUUCACGGACCGCGCCAGCAGCUUUGAUGCCAGUUUGGAGGAAGUGGAUGUCGGUCUCUGGAGGCUCCGGAGGAAGUCCUGGGGUGUCUUGCGCGCCAAGAUCGAUGAAGAGAUGACGGAGGGCAAUCUUUUGCUGAAACUGCGUGAGAACUUUGAGGACAAAUUCCGUUAUGAUGAUGCUGGGGUACCCAGGAUCUGGCGACCAACCGAUGAUAUUGAAGGCAUCUAUACCCGCGCACGCGAAUCAACCCUGACUUUGAUCCCCCUUCUUUCGCGCUUCCGCCUGGCAGAGACGUCGUCCCCGCCCCCUCUUGAUCGCUGGAUAGGCCACACUCCAAGCUCUGCCACUCCGGCAGAUGAGGAAGAUUUACCGCCCAUCGGCGGUGUCGAUGAGGAAGAGGGCAAGAGCUUGGACGAAGAGAUGACGAUUCUCAGUGAGGCUAAGCGUCAAGAGCUCACUGUCAGAUUCAAGAAAGCCGCAGACGGAGUUUAUGUCGAGGCUAAGAGAAGUGCUAUUGGCGGCAUGACUCAGGUACCCUUGUACUUCUACGGUCUUCUCCUUGCCCUUGGAUGGAACGAGAUCAUCGCAGUGCUUCGUAAUCCGGCCUAUUUCUUCCUCCUGUUUGUCUGUGCCGUGGGCGCCUAUGUCACUUAUCAGCUGAACCUCUGGGGCCCGAUCAUCAAGAUGACUGAAGCCGCUUCGAGCCAGGCGCUGAUGGAGGGCAAGAAGCGACUGCGCGAGUUUCUUGAGUCUUCCGAUACCGGGCGGCAGGCCAUCGCGAUGUCGGCUGGUUCGGGGCGCUCUAGCGAGCAAUACGAGUUGUCCGAUCUAAGUAAGAAGGGCAAGGCAAGAACGUCAGCCGAUGAGGACAUGGACGACCUUUGA